ACCAAUUUAUUCUGCCCUGUGUUCCCCCUAGACGCAUGUAUGUCGAUGUUCGAGAUAUCUCAGAUUUCAUAUAUUCCAUUUCACUACCGAAUGUCUUUAGAGUUCAUUGUGCUACUUGGAACGUUGCCGAUGAAGGUCCUCCGAAAGAUAACUUGAGGAAAUUUUUGGGAAUUGAUGCGGAUUCACACCCAGAUGUUAUAUUUGUUGGGUUUGUUAUUAGUCUUCAAGAGACAUCAAGGGAAGAUGUCUGGAAGAGGAAACUAAAAUGGUAUCUUUGUCCUGAGGGUUAUGUAUUGAUCAAAUCGCGUAACUGCUGGGCAAUAUGGAUUUAUGUGUUUAUAAAGCGAAAUUUGCUCGUUGCUGUUACUAAUAUUGAAUCUGAAGUUACUGCAUCAGGAUAUGCCGGUGUUAUGGUACUUUCUGUCUCUCAUUACUGUCAGGGCAACAAAGGUGGUGUGAGUGCGAGAUUUGAGCUUUGC